AUGCAGUUCUCCUCCUUCUUCGUCACCUUCCUGGCUUCUGCCGUCCUCGCCAACCCCGUCGACCCCGUUAAGCGCACCGGCGGCGGCAGCUCGUAUGUCCCUUGCAACACCCCUCCCUAUAGCAGCCCUCAGUGCUGUGCCACCGACGUCCUCGGUCUGGCUGAUCUUGACUGCCAGUCUCUCCCCGAGGUUCCCCACAACGCGGACGACUUCAGGAGAAUCUGCGCCGUCCGCGGGCAGCGCGCUCGCUGCUGCGUCGUCCCCGUCCUCGGCCAGGCACUUCUCUGCCAGACCCCCGUGGGUGUCUAA